CAAGAAAAUUAGUUGGAAACUGUCCUUCAGUCUUCUCCCUCUAUAAAAAAAACCCAAUUUGCCUUCACCAGCCUCACACCCAGAACUUCUUCGCUGAGGCCAAUGGAGUCCGACAGUGAAGUAUCCCAUGAAUUCCGCUUCUUCAGAGUCUACAAAGAUGGUCGCGUACACCUUUUUAUGCCACCAGCCGAAAAAUUCCCACCCUCCGACGACCCAACAACUGGGGUGCGAUCCAAGGACGUCCACAUCUCCCCUGAUACAGGUGUUUCAGCCCGAAUAUUUCUACCCAAAACCCCAAGCCCGACCCAAAAGCUCCCUUUACUCUUCUAUGUACACGGUGGAGGCUUUUCUAUGCUUUCUGCCUUCGCUCGCCCCUAUAUUGACUGCCUCAACUCCAUCGUCUCUGAAGCUAACAUCAUCGCCGUCUCCGUCGAAUACGGUUUGUUCCCCGAUCGUCCCAUACCCGCUUGCUACGAGGACUCUUGGGCAGCUCUCCAGUGGGUGGCGUCCCAUGCUAGUGGAGACGGCCCUGAACCAUGGCUGAACGACUAUGCUGAUUUCAACCGGGUCUUCAUAGCCGGCGACAGUGCCGGAGGAAACAUAUCACAUACGCUAGCGGUUCGGGUCGGGUCCAUUGGGUUAACUGGCGUGAGGGUGGUCGGGGUGGUGUUGGUGCAUCCCUACUUUGGAGGUACAGAUGAUGAUAAAAUGUGGCUGUACAUGUGCCCUACCAAUGGUGGGUUGGAAGAUCCUAGGAUGAAGCCGGCUGCAGAGGACCUGGCCAGGCUAGGGUGUGAAAAGGUGUUGGUGUUUGUGGCAGAGAAGGAUCAUCUGAGGGAAGUAGGGUGGAAUUACUACGAGGAGUUGAAGAAAAGCGGGUGGAAAGGGACAGUGGAGAUUGUGGAGAACCAUGGGGAGGAGCACUGUUUCCAUCUCCAUGACCUCAGUUACGAGAAGUCUGUGGAUCUCAUCAAACAGAUCGCUUCCUUCAUCAACAGAGAGUAGGCCCAUUACAAUAAACAAAUAAGAUGGACUUGACUGAAAUAUGCCAUCUGCAGUUUGUAGUAUUUUCGCUAUUGGUCUAUUGAGUCCAAUAAACCUUUUUUUUUCCUAAUUGGUGAGAGAAUGUGUUAGUAUAAGGAAUAUUUAAGUGGGAAAUGGUGAAGUUAAUUACGCAUUUACCCUCA